AUGUCAGCGUUUGUUGGAAGUUGGAAGCUGGUGGAGAUGACGAAUUUCAAAGCACUUCUUGAUAAAGUUUAUGUUGACGAAAGGAUAAGACAAGCAAUUAUGAACCACAGACCAAAAGUAACCUAUAGACUAAUAGGAAAUGAUGGUAUGGAAAUAAAGACUGAAUCAGAAAUGGGAGCAAAUGUGAUGACCUUCAAGUAUGGUGUAGAAUUCACACAAGAUACAGGAUUCCUUUCAACACCAAAGACAGUAAUUAGAAAGUUGUCUGAAAAUGCUAUUGAACAAACUCAACAACACUCAACUGGUAUUGUCAAGGUUCUUCGCACUGUAGAAGGUGAUAAAAUGACAGUGAAUGUCUCUAUGGAUGAUGUGGAAGGCGUUCAAAUAUUUGAACGCCUAUGA